GCAUGUUUAAAAUAUACUCGAUCAACAGUACAGUUUAAAUGGCUGUCCCCGUAGUACUGCUGCUGUGUUGUGGGCUGGCGUUUGGUCAGGCGGUACGGUACGAGCCUAACUGGGCCUCCCUUGAUCAAAGGCCUCUGCCCGACUGGUACGAUGACGUGAAGUUCGGGAUCUUCCUGCACUGGGGAGUGUUUUCCGUGCCGGGGUACGGUUACCCACCCUCCUUCCCUGGGGCCUGUGAGGCGUGGUUCUGGUGGCUUUGGAAAGGCGCCUUCGUCCCCCAGUAUGAGGAGUUUGUCGCUGAUAACUACCCUUCCGGGUUUUCCUACGCGGAUUUUGCCCCUCUAUUCCGUGCCGAGUUUUUCGAUCCAGCCGAGUGGGCCGAGAUUUUCCAGGCUUCUGGGGCGAGAUAUUUGAUAUUGACUUCCAAGCACCAUGAGGGAUUCACCAACUGGCCGUCUAAAGUCUCCUGGAACUGGAACUCCAUGGAUGUUGGACCUCAACGAGAUUUGGUCGGUGAGCUCGCUGCGGCCAUCAGGAGUAAGACGGACAUCCACUUUGGCCUCUAUCAUUCCCUCUUUGAGUGGUUUCACCCUCUCUACCUACAGGAUAAGGCGAACAACUUCACCACCCAGGAAUUCAUCGCUAGGAAGACUAUGCCGGAACUGUAUGACUUAGUAAAGACGUAUAAGCCUGACUUGAUCUGGUCCGAUGGGGAAUGGGAAGCCUAUGAUACUUACUGGAACUCUACAGAGUUUAUAGCAUGGCUGUACAAUGACAGUCCGGUGCGAGACUACGUGGUAAUUAAUGACAGGUGGGGUAUCGGGGAUAGGUGCAAACAUGGAGGUUAUUACACCUGUGAUGACCGCUACAAUCCAGGUGUCCUACAAAACUAUAAAUGGGAGAAUGCGAUGACACUGGAAAAGGAUGCUUGGGGUUACCGUCGUAAUGCCGUGUUAGACGACUAUCUGACUAUAGAAGAGCUGGUUGCCCUGCUCGCUCAGACCGUCAGUACGGGGGGGAAUAUGGUUCUAAACGUGGGCCCUACUGCCGAUGGUCGGAUUACACCCUUGUUUGAAGAGAGACUGCGCCAGAUGGGGAAAUGGUUGGAAGUGAAUGGGGAAGGGAUAUACAAGACAAAACCAUGGAAAUUCCAAAAUGAUACGGUUAACCCGGACGUGUGGUACACCACCAGUAAGGUGAACUCGUCCGUGUAUGCGAUACUACUGAAGUGGCCCAACACGGACACCCUGUACCUGGAUGCUGUUACAGCCACGUCCAGCACUGUGGUCACUCUGCUUGGCUACCCUGGGCACCUCUCCUGGACCCCAAUCAAUCCCAGGGGACUCAGCAUCAUGAUACCACCUAUACCUAUCAAUAAAAUGCCCUGCGAAUGGGGAUGGGUGUUUAAACUAGAAAACUUAGAGCCCUAGCACAUAUUUUAUUAUCUUACUCUCUGUCUCUCCAUAGGCUGUGUAAAUCGACUUUUCUUCCAAAGGUCUAAAAUCAUUCUGAACAUUUCUGACCUUGUUCUUUCCAAAUUCCGAAUUUGUUCUGACCGUCUCCUGCUUAAAUUCUGCAAUCUUCUGGACCAAAUUGUGACACUAACCUGAUCAAACUGUGAAAGUGUCAACUUAUGACCUUGUCCUGACCAAAUUGUGAAAGUUUCCUGACCAAACUGACCGUGCCCUGAACUAAUUUUGACAUUAUCCUAAUCAAUUUCUGACAUUGCACAGACUAAGUUCUGACAUUUUCAUGACCAAAGUUCUGACACUGACCAGAGAUAACCAAAUUAUCAUCUUGCCCUGACCAAAUUGUGAAGCUGGCCUGACCAAAUUGUGAUCUUGCCCUGACCAAAUUGUGAAGCUGGCCUGACCAAAUUGUGAUCUUGCCCUGACCAAAUUGUGAAGCUGGCCUGACCAAAUUGUGAUCUUGCCCUGCCCAAAUUCUGACGUUGCAAUGACCAAAUUCUGACCUUCUCUUCACCGCAUUCUGAAAUUGCCAUGACCAAAUUUUGUCAAUGACCUGACCAAAUUGUUGUUUUUGUAAUUGUAAUGUAAGAAAGGUAUACCAAAAUAUCAAAGCAGACGUCCUAAGGCGUUGGCCAAUAUUGCUGGCUUAAGGUUGGAUAUCUGUAUGCAUGUUCUCUUUUAUCGAAUGUUGGAGGUAUGCACAUAGAGCAUUCCAACAGUCUGUCCUAAUGGAGGGGUGUUUGGUUGAAGCAUUCUGAGAAAACUGUUAUUCGUCUUACAUGACCCAAAAACUUCAAACCGCCGUUUAACGUAAUGUUAAAAUUGUUGUGGUGGGUUCUACUUUUUACCUCUACUAACUCAAGAUAAAUGCAGACGUCUAUAUCGAUGAAAGGAUGUUAAAAUUGCUUAAAGGGUUUCCGGAUGCAGGCAGUGUUUGAUGCUGGUAAAGGAGCGCGAAUUGCCAGUGGGAUGGAGCCCAGCACCAUUGAAACGUUCCACCGUUCGGUCUACACGCAUUCCCCAACUGUUUGACGGUCAGGUGGUACAUUGUCAGUGGUAUGUAGCCUAUCGCCUGCCAACUGUUAGUCCACAUGUACCCCCGAAUCGGUCGCCGGUGAGGUGAUAGAUUGUCCACGAGAUGUAGUCCAGCAGCGCAGCAGCAGUCCAUCGUUAGGUCUACAAGCAUCCCCCAACUGAUUGGUAGUGAGGUGGUAGAAUGUCCAUGAGAUGUAGUUCAGCGCCGCACCAGCCGUCCAUCGUUAAAUCUACAUGCAUCCCCAAACCGGUUGGUGGUGAGGUGGUAGAUUGUCGAUGGGAUGGAGCCCAGCAGCGCACCAGCAGUCCAUCUUUAAAUCUACAUGCAUCCCCCAACUGAUUGGUAGUGAGGAGGUAGAUUGCCGAUGGGAUGGAGCCCAGCACCGCACCAGCAGUCCAUCGUUAGGUCUUCAUCUCCCCCCCCCCCCCCCCCUCCAACUGAUUGGUGGUGAGGUGGUAGAUUGCCGAUGGGAUGGAGCCCAGCAGCGCACCAGCAGUCUAUCGUUAGGUCUUCAUUCAUCCUCAGUUGGAGGUGAGGAGGUAGAUUGCCGAUGGGAUGGAGCCCAGCAGCCCACCAGCAGUCCACCGUUAGCUCUACAAGCAUCCCUCAACUAUAGUAUGUUUCUUUUAACUUACAUAUUCCGCUAGAUCUGUAAAUUCACACGUACCCGCUAAUAAAAUUGCAUUUCAUUGGUGACGAUGCUUGAGACAAUUGAGCUAGCGAACCCCGUACCCCACGUCUCAGUCAUGACUUGGUCUGUACAGUAGACAGGUGUCAUCCUCAGCUAAUACUGUCGUCAUGACUUUGUCUGUACAGUAGACAGGUGUCAUCCUCAGCUAAUACUGCCGCCAUGACUUGGUCUGUAUAGUAGACAUGUGUCAUGACUUGAUCUGUAUAGUAGACGGGUUUCAUCCUCAGCUAAUACUGCCGUCAUGACUUGGUCUGUAUAGU